GCCAUACCAAAGAACAAGUGUUGAGGCUGCGAAAAAAAUGCGAACGACUGAGGGCACAUUGUUCAUUUUGCUGCUGAUUAGUCUGCAGUGGGCCAGAAAUCACAGUGAAGAUGCCGUGGAUCCCACACCUUCAAGAAACAGUGUAAACAGCACUCCUGUGAAUCCAACUACAUUUAGUGUGGCCUCAGGUAGAACCUCUGCCAUAAUAUUUACAGCACCUAAAGAUAUCAGUGACAGUCCAAACAAAAGUACUGUAACAGAAAGCAACGCUCCUAGCAACAGUACCACUCCCUCAUCAUCCCUUCACAGUUUGUUAUUAUCAACAACACAUCCACUAACUUUUACCACAGAAGAUGGAAAGCACUCUUUGACAAGUAGCAAUAGAAUAGCCCCUUCCGGGAUGCCCACAACUACUUCUGGAAAGUACGAAGCCACUACUUACAUCACGUCAUCUGAAACUGAAUCAAACAGUGUCACCACAACUACCCAUAACAUCAGUUUUACAACCAUGGUUUCCCAUAACACAACUCAAAUAAAUGGUAUAGCAUUUCAUCCCACUAAAAAUCUAUCAAAUAUAACAACUAUGUUAUUAACUACUAAAAGUAGUGGUGUUAUGACUGCUCCAACAACCAAUCUCCCUCUCAAAGCAACUGAUGGCUCUGCAGACGCAAGAGAAACUCCCAAAGCAAAUCCUAGUAAAGGAGCGGUAAUCUUUGGAACAAUUGUAGGAGCAAUGUUCGGAUCUGCACUGAUUGGCCUGGCUGGAUAUUUUAUCUGUGGAAAGAGAAAGCCUGAAUCAUUUGGACAUCAGCGACUUUAUGAUGACACAAGGAAUGAUCCAGUUCUGCGACUAGACACUAUGCCUGAACCUUUCAGCCCAAACUUCGGAGAUCUAUCCUACUACAAUCCAAUGGCAGCCGACGAGAACGCUGCCCAGAACCAGAAAGAAACAUCAUACAAUACAAUUCCAAUGGAUGACUUGACAUCAUCACAGCCAUCAGCGUAAAUGCAUAAAACCAGACAUUAGAGUUAAAAACAUGCACAUCUUGUUCCUGCUUUUGACCCAUAUAACAUCUGAAUGUGUGUAGGUCAUGACAUACUCUUUUUACCACUCCUUUGCAUAUGUGGGCGUAUGUAUAUACCUAAUCCCAUUGGAAGAAAAUCGAACCCUGAUGCUGACAGACUCACAGGUGGGGGUUGACUUCUGAGGAACACUGCAUCUUUGACCUGAAGUACCCUUUCUUCAUUAUUUGAUUGGUAAUGGUUUAUUGAUGGACGUUUGCUGCCUAUGCUGUUACCCACCAAGUGAUAAUCCUACACACACGAACUAGUCAUAAAUGCAAGUUCUGCUCCAUUUGUAUUAUUCUUAGAGGUCCAUACUAUGCAUUAAACAAACAAUCCACACUAUCUCAUAUCAAAAAUGUUUGCAUAGUUUCCUUUUAAACCCAAGCAGUUUUAAAGUAGCUAUUUGUCAUGACUGAAAAAUAGAGGGUUAUUUACAAUCAGUGUGCUUCAGACUCAGAAAUGCUGAACUUCUCUGCUUGACAACAUCUCAAAAAUAAGUGCUAACUUCUGGUGAAAACAUUAUAUUGGACAAAAAGAAGAGUGAUAUUUCAACAGUUCAGUCUCUAAAUGAAAUUAGACAAGUAGCACAACAUUAAUGAAAAUAGACAUUCUA